AUGAUGAUCUUCUCCCUCCGCUUCGGAUCCCGUCUUCUUGUUAUCAUAUCCUCUCCAUGCACGGUUGAAGAAUGUUUCACUAAGAACGACAUCAUUUUUGCCAACCGGCCCAUCUUUUUGUUUGGCAAGUACAUAGGCUACAACAACACCAUCGUUACUUCAGCACCAUAUGGCGAACACUGGCGCAAUCUCCGCCGCCUAAGCGCACUGGAAAUCUUCUCUCCAAAUCGCCUCAACAUGUUUAUAGGCACCCGCAGGGAUGAAAUCAAGAUUUUACUACACCGAUUGUCUCAGAAUUCAAGGGAUCAUUUUGCAAGGGUAGAGUUGAGACUAAUGUUUACAGAGCUAACAUGUAAUAUUAUAAUGAGAAUGGUUGCAGGAAAGCGGUACUAUGGGGAAGAUGUGGAUUUUGAGGAAGCCAAGCACUUUCAUGAAGUAAUGAGAGGGGUUUUUGAAUUGGCUGGGUAUCGAAUCCAGGAGAGUUUUUUCCUUUACUACGGUGGGUUGACUUUGGGGUUAGGAGAAGAAGUUGGUGAAGAUCAAAACAAAGAAAGAGGUGAUCUUCCGAGGUCUUAUUGA